CGCGCCGGUGUCGGGGGGGCCGGACUCGCACCCCCAGCCCGACCUUUGCCCCACAUCCCUUCCCCAAAUUGGGGGCUGGAUUGGGGGGGGUUGCUGUGCAGGAGGCGGCGCUCGCUCGCUCUCGCUCCCCCCGGAUUUUUUUUCCCUGCGGUUGUUCGGGGAGGUGGAGCCUGGGGCCACCCCCGCGGGCAGGUGCCGGAUGGCGGCGGGGACCCUCGCCCCCCGCCCUCCCGAUUCCCUGCAGGAAUUCCAGUACCCCCCCCAAAACAGCCCCCCCUCCACCGGGGGGGUGCCCCCGGCCACCGACCUGGUGCUGGGGGCCACGGCCGGCUGCCUGGCCUGCUUCCUCACCAACCCGCUGGAGGUGGUGAAGACGCGGCUGCAGCUGCAGGGCGAGCUGCAGCCCCCGGGCACGUACCCGCGGCCGUACCGCGGGGUGCUGCGGGCGGCCGUGGCCGUGUGCCGGGCGGACGGGCUGCGGGGGCUGCAGAAGGGGCUGGCGGCCGGGCUGCUCUACCAGGGGCUCAUGAACGGCGUCCGCUUCUACUGCUAUUCGCACGCCGAGGACGCCGGCUGGACCGGGUAUCCCGGCGGGACCGUGGCCGCCGGGGCCGUGGCCGGGGCGGUGGGAGCCAUCGUGGGCAGCCCCGCGUACCUGGUCAAGACCCACCUCCAAGCCCAGACACUGUCGGCCAUGGCCGUGGGCCACCAGCACAACCAUGAGAGCAUCUCCGGCGCUUUCAAGAGCAUCUACCAGCAGCACGGGGUGGUGGGGCUGUGGCGGGGGGUGACGGGCGCCGUGCCCCGCGUGGCCGUGGGCUCGGCCGUGCAGCUCGCCACCUUCGCCUCGGCCAAGGACUGGGUCUGCGAGCGCCAGCACGCGUCUCUACAACCAGCCCGUGGACGCCGACGGCACGGGCAAGCUCUACCGAGGGUUUUUGGAUUGUAUCCUGCAAAUCUCCAGCAAAGAGGGGCUGCUGGGCUUGUACAAGGGCAUCGGCGCCGUCUACCUCCGCCUCGGCCCCCACACCGUGCUCAGCCUCUUCUUUUGGGACAAGCUCAGGAACAUGGUUCAGCACUAGCAGCCCCCAGGGCUGUAGGACAGACUCCUGCCACCACCACCGAUGUUAAUAAAGAGGUUUUUCUAGUUUUGGUGUUGUCUUGGGGUCUUUGGGGUGGUGCAGAUGAAGGGACAGGACCUGAAACGCUGCGAUGCCUCAGGGUGGAGAGGAGAAUGGCAGUGCCAGCGUUGGGGGAGUUCAAAGGUGCUGGUGGUCCCUGAG